UUGACUUCCAAGUAACUAAGGUGCCUCGCGUGUCACAGAAGAGUGUGACAUCACCCGCCCCGCCGUGACAGGGCAGCCUGUCGGACCAGCACAGCUUGAGGGAUCUUAGUUCCUUGAUCAGGUACUGAACCCCGGGCCCAAAGCAGUGAAAGCGCCAAGUCCUAACCAUUGGACUGCUAGGGAAUUCAGCUGCCAUAUCAGGAGGCCACUCAAGCAGCCCUGCGGAAAGGCCCAGGUGGUGGAAGAACUGGGGCCUUUUGCCAACAACUAGUAAGGAAGUGAAGCAUCUGACCAACAGCCAUAGCUCCAUGAACCUGCCUCCUGACAAGGCGCGGCUCCUGCGGCAGUACGACAACGAGAAGAAGUGGGACCUCAUCUGUGACCAGGAACGAUUCCAGGUGAAGAAUCCUCCCCACACAUACAUCCAGAAACUCCAGAGCUUCUUGGACCCCAGUGUAACUCGGAAGAAAUUCAGGAGGAGAGUGCAGGAGUCAACCAAAGUCUUGAGAGAGCUGGAGAUCUCACUGCGGACCAACCACAUUGGGUGGGUGCGGGAGUUUCUGAAUGAUGAAAACAAAGGCCUGGACGUGUUGGUGGAUUACCUAUCCUUUGCCCAGUGUUCUGUCAUGUUUGACUUUGAGGCUCUGGAGAGUGGUGACGAUGGUGCGUUUGACAAGCUCCGGUCCUGGAGCAGGUCUAUCGAGGACCUGCAGCCACCCAGCGCCCUGUCCGCCCCCUUCACCAACAGCCUCGCUCGCUCUGCGCGCCAGUCUGUGCUCCGGUACAGCACUCUCCCUGGGCGCAGGGCCCUGAAGAACUCCCGCCUGGUGAGCCAGAAGGAUGACGUCCACGUGUGUAUCCUCUGUCUCAGAGCUAUCAUGAACUACCAGUAUGGAUUCAACCUGGUCAUGUCCCACCCUCACGCUGUCAAUGAGAUUGCGCUCAGUCUCAACAACAAGAAUCCAAGGACCAAAGCCCUUGUCUUAGAGCUUCUGGCAGCUGUGUGUUUGGUACGAGGAGGUCAUGAAAUCAUUCUCGCUGCCUUUGACAAUUUCAAAGAGGUGUGCAAGGAGCUGCACCGCUUUGAGAAGCUGAUGGAAUAUUUCCGGAAUGAGGACAGCAACAUUGACUUCAUGGUGGCCUGCAUGCAGUUUAUCAACAUCGUGGUGCACUCGGUGGAAGACAUGAACUUCCGGGUCCAUCUGCAGUAUGAGUUCACGAAGCUGGGGCUGGAGGAGUUCCUGCAGAAGUCACGGCAUACAGAGAGCGAGAAGCUGCAAGUGCAGAUCCAGGCGUACCUGGACAACGUGUUCGACGUGGGGGGUUUGUUGGAGGAUGCCGAGACCAAGAAUGUGGCCCUGGAGAAGGUGGAAGAACUGGAGGAGCAUGUGUCCCAUCUCACAGAGAAGCUUCUGGACCUAGAGAAUGAAAACAUGAUGCGUGUGGCAGAGCUAGAGAAGCAACUGCUGCAGCGGGAGAAGGAACUUGAGAGCAUCAAGGAGACUUAUGAGAACACGAGCCACCAGGUACACACCCUGCGGCGGCUCAUUAAAGAGAAAGAGGAGGCCUUCCAGCGCCGAUGCCACUUGGAGCCCAGUGCCCGGGGCCUGGAGUCUGUGGGCAGCGAGGCUCUGGCCCGAGUGGGCUCUGCGGAGCUGAAUGAGGGCAUGCCCCACUCUGACCUGGACCUCCUUGCUCUGGCCCCACCCCCUGAGGAGGCCCUACCUCUGCCUCCACCACCAGCUCCUCCCUUGCCCCCGCCUCCUCCCCCAUUACCAGACAAGUGUCCCCCGGCCCCACCUCUCCCUGGCGCUGCCCCCUCUGUGGUGUUGACAGUAGGCCUGUCAGCUAUUCGCAUUAAGAAACCUAUCAAGACCAAGUUCCGACUGCCCGUCUUCAACUGGACAGCCCUAAAACCCAACCAGAUCAGUGGCACUGUCUUCAGCGAACUUGAUGAUGAGAAGAUCUUGGAGGACCUGGACCUGGACAAGUUUGAAGAACUGUUCAAGACAAAAGCCCAGGGCCCUGCCCUCGAUCUCAUCUGCUCCAAGAACAAGACAGCACAAAAGGCUGCCAGCAAGGUGACCCUGUUGGAAGCCAAUCGUGCCAAGAACCUGGCCAUCACCCUACGCAAGGCUGGCCGCUCAGCUGAGGAGAUCUGCAGGGCCAUCCACACGUUCGACCUCCAGACACUGCCCGUCGACUUCGUGGAGUGCCUGAUGCGCUUCCUGCCCACGGAGGCGGAGGUGAAGCUGCUGCGGCAGUAUGAGCGGGAGCGGCAGCCGCUGGAGGAGCUGACGGCCGAGGACCGCUUCAUGCUGCUCUUCAGCAAGGUGGAGCGGCUGACCCAGCGGAUGGCUGGCAUGGCCUUCCUGGGCAACUUCCAGGACAACCUGCAGAUGCUCACGCCGCAACUCAACGCUAUCAUUGCCGCCUCUGCCUCUGUCAAGUCCUCCCAGAAGCUGAAGCAGAUGUUAGAGAUCAUACUCGCACUGGGGAACUACAUGAACAGCAGCAAGCGGGGAGCUGUGUAUGGCUUCAAGCUCCAGAGCCUGGAUCUGCUGCUGGACACCAAGUCCACCGACAGGAAGAUGACCCUGCUUCAUUUCAUCGCCCUGACGGUGAAGGAGAAAUACCCAGACCUGGCUAACUUUUGGCAUGAGCUGCACUUUGUAGAGAAAGCUGCUGCAGUGUCCCUGGAGAACGUGCUGCUGGAUGUGAAGGAGCUGGGCCGGGGCAUGGAGCUGAUCCGGCGGGAAUGCAGCAUACACGACAACAGCGUCCUGCGCAACUUCCUCAGCACCAACGAAGGCAAACUGGACAAGCUCCAGCGUGACGCCAAGACGGCCGAGGAAGCCUACAAUGCUGUAGUACGCUACUUCGGUGAGAGUCCCAAGACCACACCUCCUUCGGUAUUCUUCCCAGUGUUUGUCCGAUUCAUUCGUUCUUACAAGGAAGCAGAACAAGAGAACGAAGCCCGCAAGAAGCAGGAGGAGGUCAUGCGGGAGAAGCAGCUGGCUCAAGAAGCCAAGAAACUGGAUGCCAAGACCCCAUCCCAGCGGAACAAGUGGCAACAGCAGGAGCUGAUUGCAGAGUUGAGGCGGCGCCAAGCCAAAGAGCACCGGCCUGUUUAUGAGGGGAAGGAUGGUACCAUUGAGGACAUCAUCACAGUGCUGAAGAGUGUCCCUUUCACGGCCCGUACUGCCAAGCGGGGCUCACGCUUCUUCUGUGAUGCAGCCCACCAUGAUGAGUCAAACUGUUAACCCCCAAGGCUGGGGCCCUUGACAGGCCUCCACCACCAGCCCCUCGUCAUUCGCCAUCCAGCCAGGAGUGCUGCACCGCCUGCUGGCCCCCCUCGGGCUCCAGGCCCCCACUGAGACCCUCCUGGAAGCAGAAGCACUUCAACCCACGGAGUCCUGCAGGUCCAGCCAGUGCACCUGAAGCCCUGGAACUGGCCAAGGGCCCAGCAGAGGGCUAUGCUGCUCUCAGCCCAUUCCAGCUCUCAGAGCUGCAUCUCGCCUGCCACCUCUGUGGGCACGACGUCUUUCAGGGCCUGGCACUUCCCUGGUGCCUCCAGUACAGCACUUUGCUCCCAAGGUCUUCAACUUCAUUUCCUCAAGAGCCAGCUCAGGGCUGGAUUAAAACCAUUUCCAGCUUUAAGCUAGGCUACAGGCACCUAGGCCCGCCGUCACUAGAGCCAGAGGGAGGAGAGGAGAAAGCAAUUAUCCCUUCUUUUUUCCCCUUACUUUUUGAAUUCCAGUGGUCAGCUGUGAUCCAGGAGUGUCCAAGCUUAGACAGCCCUGGACCCUGCCAGCCUCAGAUCACCUUCUACCAGCAGCAAGGCUCUCCUAAGCCUGGGCCCACCCAGCUGUGCCCUAGUGAUAAAGGUAGAGGAGCGAUCCCACGCUCCCUGCCUGUGGCCCUUCGCAGUUGAGGCUGACUCUGUCCUUGUGAGCAGAGGGGCCAUUUCCUCUUCCCCAACCUGGAGACAGCAAGAGAAAGGGUGUGCCAACAGCAUCCUCACUUUUCCCCAGCUAGGUUUUGCUGGCAGGGGGCAGGGUCAUGGUGGUCUCAACUGUUUUCUCCAUCCCCUGUCAGUUUCUUCUCAGUCCCUGAAGGGAACACAGGGGCCCACCCCUUUUUGUACAUGUACCACUUCCUUCUCUCUUGUACAUAAACCCCAAACCUUCCUUCUCUCAACAAAGGCUUGAAAUACCAA